AUGCUCGCAUCACCUAACUAUUUUUUUGGUAUCUAUGAAAGUACUUCACUACCAGAUACAGUAUCAUCAACUGUCAAGAAUGCCUCGUUAAAAAUUUCACAAUUAUUCCGUAACUGGUUUGACAAAGAAAAACUACCAUGGGAUGAUACUUCUCUUUUUAGCAUUAGUGAUCAUUUUGCAUUUGUAGUUGCGGGUGUUGCAUGUGGUGGCACAUUUUCAGGAGCAGCCGGUAUUAAAACAUUUGAACAACGAGAUCGAUACAAUAGAAUGUUAGGUCAUGGGCAUGGCGGAAUUGCCGGUGCAAGCUUUGAUCCAUGUUAUCACCAAGCAUGUGAUACAAUAGAAAAUAUUAACCCAUUUGUUUACGAGACAAUGGUGAAAUCAGCUGCCUACGCAUUAGAAACGUUCGCUCGCAUACCAGAUCUAUAUUUGUGGUUAUAUCAAUCAUCAACGACUACGAAAAAUUAA